AUGAGGUUCAGGAUCCGGAAGAAGCCUGCGUCCGCGCCGCCGGACGCUUCUUCCACGGCCGCCGUGCCGGACACCGCGGCCGGCGGCGGCCGGGCGACGAUCAGUAUCGUCGCUAGCCCAGAUCGCUACGGCACAGAGAAUGUACUGAUUGUUACGCCAGGAGGAAGCAGAGAUGAGUCGUUCUUCGAGGCAAGGCCGUGGUUAGACUCGGACAGUGAAGAUGAUUUCCAAAGCGUGAGAGGAGACUUCACUCCUUCAAGAGGUAGCACACCAGAUCACCAGACGCAAACAUCAUUCGCAGCGCGGAUAUCUGCGGACAUUCCUUCGCUGACAGAGAAGAAGCAGAGGCUCCUUGAGCUGCUUCAGGAAAAGCAGCAGUACGAUGACGAGCAUGAUGCCACUACUGAUGCCGGUAGCGAGACAGGGAACAACAUUCAUGCUGAAGAACAUCUGAAUCCUUCUGGGAAAGUAGAGAAAGCAAAGAAGCCAGCCAAGCCAGGUUGCUUCGCUUGCUCUGCUUGGAAGCUUAGCUUCAAGGGCUGCCGGAAGAAGAAGAAAGAGCAGAAGGAUUUGUGA